AAAAAAAAAAAGAAAAAGGUUGGCCCAGUCAAAACAAUGCAGUUUAAAUGGCGUCUCCGAUUUAACGAGAUCCCCGAACGCCCUCCGCCCCGUCGUCGAUUCUCAACCGGUUUUGCAUUUUGAUCGGCGACUGGAUUCCCCCCGAAGCCGCGUUUUUUUUUGGGGUUUUUUUUUUUUUUGGUUGAGUUCCCCCGGCUGCGCGCGGAUGUUUUUGUCGGCCGCAGAUGGAGGCGGCUAACGGGCGUCUGCGGUUAAUGUAGCCUACCGGAGGGGGAGCUGAAAGCGAACAGACUGGGAAGACCGAGCGACACCACGGACGUUCAUCCGAGACAAACCGCUUGCUCGUGCAUGGCGCACUAGAAGCCGGGGUUGGGGUUGGGGGUGGUGGGGAUCCGUCCCGUCCCGUCCCGUCCCGUCAUGGCUCCGUGCUCCGUCGCGGCGGCCUGCCGCAGCCUGGCCCUCUCGACGUGGCUGCUGUCCUUUUGCUUCGUCCACCUGCUGUGCCUCGACUUCACCGUGGCCGAGCGCGAGGAGUGGUACACGGCCUUCGUCAACAUCACCUACGUGGAGCCCUCCACCAAGACGGCGCGCACCGACAAGACCGAGUGCGGCCGCUACGGGGAGCACUCGCCCAAGCGGGACGCCAAGGGGGUCGUGGUGCUGCCCGCCGCGCCCCACGACCGCCAAGCCUGCGACCCCGGCACCCCGUUCCCGGCGCCGCCCCACGCCUGGGUGGCCCUGAUCGCCGGCGGCAACUGCACGUACAAGGACAAGAUCCGGCACGCCGCCGAGCGCAACGCCUCCGCCGUGGUCAUCUUCAACGUGGGCUCGGCCAACACCAACGACACCAUCACCAUGCCUCAUCCCGGCACAGGUGACGUGGUGGCCAUCAUGAUCCCGGAGCCCAAAGGUCGCGAGGUGGUCUCGCUCCUGGAGCGCAACUUGACGGUCACCAUGACCAUCACCAUCGGGACCAGGAACCUGCAGAAGUACGUGAGCAGGACCUCGGUGGUUUUCGUGUCCAUCUCCUUCAUCGUGCUGAUGAUCAUCUCGCUGGCCUGGCUGGUCUUCUACUACAUCCAGAGGUUCAGAUACGCCAACGCUCGAGACCGCAACCAGCGCCGCCUUGGUGACGCCGCCAAGAAGGCCAUCAGCAAGCUACAGGUGCGCACCAUCAGGAAGGGCGACCAGGAGACGGAGGUCGACUUUGACAACUGCGCCGUGUGCAUCGAGGGCUACAAAGCCAACGACGUGGUUCGCAUCCUGCCGUGCAGACAUUUGUUCCACAAGAGCUGCGUGGACCCGUGGCUGCUGGACCACCGCACGUGCCCGAUGUGCAAGAUGAACAUCCUGAAAGCGCUGGGGAUCGCUUUAAAUGCAGACUGCCUGGACGACCUGCCGCUGGACUACGACCUGGCUCUGGGCGGCGGGGUCGCCGGGCCGCUGGCCCUCGAGGCCGUGGUUUCCGGCGCGGCCAGCGACGGCACGCUAAGCGAGGGGGGCUCCUCUGUGGUUCUGGAUCCGGGGGUGCGACGGAUGGGACUCCCGCAGGACUACCAGGAUCCCCCCGACACCCUGAGGGACAGUCCGGUGACGGCCAGCACGGACACGCACACGGGCGAGCUCCAGCCGAUGGCGAGCAGCGUCUCCGUGGCGUCGCUGGUGAUCGCCGUGGAAACGGGGCUGUCGGACGAGGAGGGAUCCGUUCCGGCGUCUUACGUGGGGGAGAAGUCCUGAGAGGAACCUAAAAAAAAAAUAAUAAUAAUAAUAAUUGAAAAAGCCAAAUGAGCGACGUGGAAGAGGAUCUCCUUUGAGUUUGACCCGUUUAUUUUAUUUUAUGUUUUUUUGUUGCCAUAGCAACUUUGGACUUACACACGUGACUUCCUCCCACCUCUUCCAUCUUCUCCGGAAUGUUCCAGCACCCGCUCGGCUCACUUCCUCUCCUACCGGGGGAAAUCCUGCUCCAACUUGGUGGACUGCGGCGAUUCCAAACUCACAAUAUUUGGGGGGGGGGGGGGGGGGAAUACAUUUUUGUGGUCCCUUCUUGUCCAAUCAUAGGGCUUUUCUCCGUCCCCGAAAAGAUGACCGGAAACGCCGGUUCGGCGAGCGAGCUGGGAUUGCGCGCUCUCGCGUACCGUGACCUCCAAAACAAAAACAUUUUCUGCAUUCGUCCCGUCUGCUGACAAUCACAUUUUUUUUUUUUUUUUUAAAUUUCUGGGCCGCCUUCCUAUUUUUCCCCACGCAGGCGCCACGGAGAGACGAAAGAGGGGCUUGCUCGUGAACCCCAAAUUCACUGAGAGCUCGAGAUUGGCAUCUAUUUUGCUACCGAAGGAGAUGUUUAUUUUUGUAACACAGAGAAGACUAAGUUGACCCCCACCCCCGACCCCCACCCCACUGCCCCCGCCCGCUGGUGGCGUUUUGUACUGUACAUAUCGAAAUGCGCCCAGGACGUUUGCGGACAUCUUAAGGUCAACAUUUCAAAUGUCGAACAAAGAACUUGUUGCACAGCUUGCAUCCAAAAAAGAAGCAAUGACAAAAAAAAAAAAAAAAAAAAAGCAGGGGUAUCAAACUCAUCUUUGUCGCGCCCCCCCCCCUGUACCCCCUCCCCGCAAGUCCAAUGACAUUUGAACUUUCUUGUUGUCAGUGGGUCAUUAAACGCGACAUUUUGUCAGCUCCUGGGCGACGCAAACUUUUUUUUUUCUUUGUUGUCAAACGUGCAACGUUUCAAAAUCCCAUCCUAAAAAAAAAAAAGAAAAAAUGCUUCGUAUGUUUAUUUGAGCACUUGAAGGCAGCGCGGCGCUUGUUAGCUGCAAUACGUGGUGAUGACACGUUAUGGUGGCUGCUUUUGUUUUGUGAAUGCUGUUCUAAUUAAACUUCUCUCUGUUGUGUUGUUAACUUCA